UUCAUUAAAAUCUGUAUGACCAUUUUCUAUUUUUCAACAAAAAAGUGAAAAUCGGCAUUAUCUCAGAGACGGUCACCUUAAGGAUAAUUUGGGUCUCCACUCUCCACUUGCUGUCCUUGAGAGAAGCUCCCAGUAGUGGUGUCAGCUCCUGAGGGAAUUUUUUUAAAUUAUUUCUGUGAAUUCUAUCAAAUAAAGGUCAGAAAAGAAAGAAAUACAAAAUGGUGAAUGCUUGGUACAUGGACAGCAGUGAUGAGGACAAGCGAAAUGAGCAUCACCUUUCGCCACCAGAAUAUGUGACCCUUGAGAAACUUCGUGCUGACACUGGAGUUUUAUACUGGAAGUUGGAUGAGAAAAAUUUUGAGCCUGAGCUUGAGAAGAUUAAAUCCAGCCGAGGUUACACAUACUCGGACGUCAUUCAAGUCUCACCAGAAAAGCUCCCAAAUUACGAUGAAAAGCUCAAAAACUUUUACGAGGAACACAUCCACACCGAUGAAGAAAUUCGUUUUGUCCUGGAAGGCUCCGGCUAUUUUGACAUUCGCGACAAGAAAGACAAGUGGAUCAGGAUUGAGGUGACAGCUGGAGACCUCCUGAUUCUCCCAGCUGGAAUCUAUCACCGAUUCACUUUAGAUACGAAGAACUAUAUCAAGGCCAUGAGACUGUUUGUUGGGGUUCCAGUGUGGACUCCGCACAACCGACCUGCUGAUGACAUGGAUGCUCGCAAAGAGUAUGUAAGGAAGCAGGAAGAAGGCUUUACUGAGGAGUAAAGGCAGAAAAAAAGAACCAGAUAUGAUGGGGCUUUAUUUUGAUGAUGUUAUUUUGUAAGUUUUGAAAUCUGGGAGGACAGAUUACUGUUCUUUGUGUUAUUGCUAUUUGGUAGCUUGUUAUUGAAAAUAGUGCUUUGAUUCUUUUGAUAUAUUAAAUUACUAGUUUCCCUCUUUUACAUGUCUUAAGGCUUUUAUAUAUAUGUUUUGGUAUAAGUGUAUCUAUAUUCAUUGUAAAGAAUUACAUUGUUGAAUCUAGAGAUUGCUGUGAAGGGAAAUAUAUUGCUUAAAUAUAUCUGCUAAAUUUUAAAUUAACUGAAAACUGUAUAAUUCAGACUUGAAUUAUAAACUGUCACUUUUCGUGUUGAUUAAAUGAACAGAUUUUUUAUGCUUCAUGAUUUGUUUUGUAAGUGGUUGGCCAUUUGUGAUAGAAUAUUGCCAUACAUUUUUAUUGUUGUGUAUCUUUUGUCUUGAUAUAUAGUUUAUUGAAGAAAAUGCAUAUAUUCAUAAAGUUUCUGACUUACAUAGACUCUAAAUUAAUAUUUUUGUAAUAUUGAAUUUCCAUUAUAUGAUACCCUGUGAAAUUUUAGUGUUUAUAUGACUAAGCAUGCAUAGGUUAUGAAAUUAAUUAUGAACCCUAUUAUUUUGAUGUUAAGCAACACACCUAUGAAAGGGUAUUACAAAUAUUGAUUUUCAGAUAUUUGAUUUCAAAUAUUUGAGAGGUAUUAAGACAGCUAAAAAUUAUUAUAUGUAUUUUCACAUUGUACAGUACAGAAACAAAUGUACAGUAUUUUAUAAGAAGCAAAGGUAAUUGUGUUUUAUAUGGUAAUGUCUUCCAGUUACUAAAUGUAUUUAUAUUUCUACAUCUGUGAACAAGGAGACAUGUAGAGUUUAUAUAAAUCCAUUAGUUUACACAUAACAUUAAUAUAAUUAUCAAUCAUUCUCGUUUGAAUUUGUUUUCCGAAUAGAAUUGCUGUAUUUUUUACAUUUUGAAAAUGUUGGAGAAUAUUUUGAAUAUCAGAUUUUUAAAAGUUUUGUAAUCAUAUGUAGUAUACGACAUUUGGUCACACAACAGUGUCGUGAGUGGAAUAUUUUGUUGUCAUUUUUUAAUUUAUUUGUGUAACUCAUUUCUUGAUAAUCAGGCAGUAUAUUGUUAAAUAAAGAAGGUCCAGAAAAAAUUUCA